CUCUUCUUCUCAUUUGCGGUAGCAGGCUCAAGCUAGUUCCCCUGUCUUGGGACCGCCCAGCUCCGUCACCUUCCUCACCUUAUUUCUUAUUACUAUUCGCUUUCCGUCCCGAAUCCUAGUUUCCCCAAGCGCUCCACACCGCGGUUUUCACUUCCUUGUCGUCCCACCUUGACCUCUUCUUGCUAACCCUGUUUCCUUCCUUGCCUUUGGGAAGACAUGCCUCCGCAACUGUUACCAGCCUCUGCUGCCGCCUUUGCUCCCAGAGCGUCGUCUGUAAACGUCGUGCUGGGAUCAAAGGUCGAGCCUUGGCUGACCCAGACACUGAAGCGCAUCAACCGGGUUAAGCGACCCCUCAACAGUGUGCAGCAGCACCAGAAAUGCCUGACCGAGACUCUGUCCUCCCCAAACGCCAUCUGGUGUCUGGCGUCGUUGAUGUUGUCCAAGGCUCCGGAAGCUGAACUGAGGAAGGAUUCCAACCCCCUCGUAGAAGCUCUAUUCAAUUACCAGCUUGUUCACAUCGAGGCCUACAUCGUCCACGUGGAUAUGGUGCUGAGGAAUGAGGUCGCUUACAAACUCACUCCGGACACGAUCGAGUCGCUCAUCGAGCACCACAAGGACAUCUACUGCGUCGACUCCAAGGCCAACACCUACGACUGGUCUGGGAAGGACCAGCAAUGCAAGAAGCUGCACGAGGACUUCAUCCAGGCCAUCAACAAGUUCGUCUUCCGGACCCAUGUUUCCGCGCUCGAGGGACUCGAAGAGGAUGGUGCGGGCGAGCUACUGGGUGGGAAGGGUGACGAUGUCAAGACGAGCAUCAUGGGACUCCUGAAGCCGCUGCUACCGCCUCCGCCACGGAUCGUGGACGUCAUUCGACAGCCGCCUCUGCUGCCCAGCUCUCCUGCAAAUGUCAUAUGGUCCCAGCCCACGCCUCCCACAAGCCUUCCUGCUCCUGUGGAAUCAUGGAGGGUCUUGCCGUCGAGCCCGAGCGUGACUUCGGCAUCAACAGACUCCAACAAUACGACCCUCUGGGCAACCAUAGGGAUGAGCGAGGUGCAGUUGCCCUCGCCGACGCCGCCUUUCAGCCAGCCAUACUCUUCUGCCGGACUUUACUACGACUCCCCCAUGGUGACGGCCCCAAUCCCACAUCUACCUCUCCCAAGCAUGUUCGCACCGCAAUGCGGCGUCAGUGUGGGAUACGGCUCGUUCGGCUGGGAUCGGUACCAGGAGUAUGCGACGACCAUAUGACAACAACCGCCCGUUAGUGGGACCCGUUAUCCAACGGUUACCACCUCCUCCUGAUACUGUCCAUACAUGCGAACAUCCCAGCCCACCAGUGGUUUGAGGCGGAAUGUGGAGAGACGGCAUAUCCAAGGAUGGCAUCCUCGGCGUUUUGCAUCGAGACGGAGCGACAUUCGACACCUGCAUACUCCCUUCACGCAUAAUAUAUCUUCACGAUUUCUUUUGUCGAUGGUUACCAAGCGAGCGCCCGGUGUUUGGAUCUUGCUUUUUUUUUUUUAGGGGGAUAUAUCACCACAACCGCGAGCUCGGUCAUACAGCGUUCUAUUUUCCCUUUUCUUUU